GCCAAGUACAUGGUGGUGAUGGACGGCAAGGGAAUCUUGGCUACCGACAACCUUGCCGUCACGGCGCAUCCCAGGUGGUCCCACAUCUCGGUCCUUGACGUUAGCAGCAACGGCACGCAGUUCGCCGAGCUCAUCUGGAUCGACCCGGCCAUCUGGGACAAGAGAACUGCAUUCGCCAAUUCUCUUCCGGCUUUGAGUUGACUUAACAAACACCAUCUGGCUCUUCAGAGAACCGCGGGGGAAACCGUGACCGGGCAACAAGACAAGUUAAUUACCUAUGCACACCUCGAC